GGCAGGCAAACUAUUCCAAGUUCUAGUCCGCUGGUUCUGAGAAUCUGCGUCCACAUCCUCUUCUUUCUUCGACUAUCAUAUCUCUCUCUCUUUUCGUUUUUUUGCUGAAAGACUAUCAUAUCACUCUUUGUAUAAUCUAUCUAGCUCCUGCAGAUUUCAGUUCGCUUUUUCUCCGUACGGUUACUCAGAGAUAGUGAAAAAGUGGAAGCUUUUUUUUUUUUUUUUUUUUUUUUUCCAUGAAACUCUCUGUUUUAUCAGUUUAACUUUGAUUCUGAAAUUUCUCUUUUCUUGGGUCUUCCUGGUAUUGUUGGGAUAAAUGGGUAAUUGGAGACAUCGCCCCCCUCGUAGACUUCACCGUCAACAAUGGCCUCCCAGGUCCCUUCCUUUGCAGUCCGACCCAGAUCCUCCUCUUCCCAAUUCCGGGUUUGGACAGGAUAAUGUACCUUUGUGGGAAAAGAAAUUCUGCAGUAUGGUUGGAUCAAUACCAUGGAGAAAGGUAGUUGAUGCAAAGAAGUUUUUGUACUGCCAUGGUAAUGUUCUAAGCUGGGAUGAUGCUGCUAGUGAAGAGGCAUUUCAGAAUGCAAAAAAGAGGUUUUGGGCAGAGAUCAAUGGCUUCCAUUGUGACAUAUCUCUACCUGAUCCAGAUAUUUACAUUGAUAAAAUAGAUUGGAACCCAACCAUCGAUCCUGAGCUGAUCAAGGAAUUGGAUCGAGAGUAUUUUGCUCCUGUUGAUGAAGAGAAUGGUAAGGUAUGGAGGAAAAAUAAGAAGAUAAGAAAUUCUGCGUAUGUUCCUUCAUUUGAGAGUAACAAGAUUGUAGAUGAUGGUAUAAAUCCUUGGGAAUGUAACAAUACGCCAGUUCUUGGAAAUGUGGAAGGUAAGCUAAUGGGCUGGAGCCAGUGGAAUAAUGAUAUAAACGGCUCGAAGAAUUCAGAUAAUAAUGACAAUCCAUGGGAGUGUAAUGCUGCUCAGAGCAGUGGGAACACUAAGGAGAACGCUUGGGGUGAUUGUGGGAAUAUGUCAUGGGAAUGCAACUGGACGCAAAACCAUGUCAGCCGGCCAAGGGAUUGGGGUGAUGAUAAUAAUCGUUGGGACCGUGACUGUCAGGGCUUUGCCUCAGGUAGAAACAGUGGAUGGGGUAAUUCUUUGGAUAAGUCUUGGGGAAUGAACCAGCAAGAAUCUAAGAAUACCGAAAGGGACAACAAUCCUUGGAAACCCAAUGUCAGUCAAGAUAGUAGAGCCCCAAAAGAUGGAGGAUGGAGAGAUUAUGGUGGAAAUGGAUAUCGUUGGAAGCAGUGGGACCAUCAUAAUAACCAGAAAAAGAACGACGCAUUUCAAAGAUGUAGAGGUGGUUGGGGAGCCUGGAAUGAAAAUAAUCAGAAGAGGGAAGAAUCUCAACACAGUAUGUCGGGCUACAGAAACUCAAGGUUUCAGGGAGAUGAUUAUCAAACGGGUAAUCAUUGGCAGAUGGGAAACAACAAAAAGAGGCCAGUUUUCCCUCUGAGUAGCCGGUGAUUGAGAACAUCCAGUGUCUUCGUUAAGAUAAUAUUACAUUAUGGGUUUGAUUUUUGAAGCUGUUUAAGAAAGGAGUUCAUAGAAGCUCGGUGGCAGAUACUACAAGUCCAAUGCAACUUUUGCAUUGUUACUGACACUAUAAUUCAUAACUUCUACUAUGAACCAACUUUUUGAAUUUUUUAUACAUUUUCAAGAGAUUUUUGACACAAACCCAAUUCCCCCAAAACGUUGUACAACUCAGGAGAUAUUUUGAGAAUAUAUGAACACAUAAAUUUUGGACUAUAUGAAGUUCUUUUCUAUUCUUAUUAGUUA